UAACCCACAGAAACAAGGAAGAAGACCAACAACAACGGAGGUAUCCAAAGUGGGGCUUUGUUAAAUUCUUGUGUAAAAUCUGAACAGCUGAUUGCUUUUCCUCAACCCUUUGAUUUUUUAAGGGUCACUGUCGAUCGCGUUAGCUUCAUUGCUAGCAUCAACGGUUGAAAGUAACUGCAACGACAGAAAAAGAGAGAAAAAAACAACAACCGUAUUUUGCUUGUGUGUGUGUGUGUUUUAAAGACCUUUUGUCUUUCGAGGUGGAUUGCUUGAACACAUGAAAGUAGCAAUGGAGGUGGAUAAGCUCAAGACGAAAACAAAGAAGCUUUCAAGGUCGAGGAGGAGGAGGAAACAAAACAAGAGAAAAACGAAUCCUGACAAAGAAAGAGAAAAUAAGCCUGAUUCUCCAUGGGACUCCGUUCCCUCCACACACGAGACACCCAGCAAGGCAACAAAGUUUGAAAAUGGCUGCGACUCCCUCACUCUUAUAAAAGACGCAGUUGUAGUUUUGACUAAACUGCCCGAAUAUAAAAUUGGCGCGUUGAGACCCCCGACGCCUCCGCAGUUCUACAGCGAAGACGAAUCCUUCAGCAGCUCGGAUUCAGACACGCAGUGGGAAUCAGAGGAGGAUUCCAGCGAUUCGGAUUUCUGGGUCAUAAACAGCAAACUCAAAUAUUCAAAUUCCUCCAAUUGUGACCUGAUAAGGAUGCCUACAACCAGUCACAACUGUAACGGUAUCUCCCUUUGCUCACGUGACAAGAUCCGCCCCGACUUACCCGAAGAAGAAAUUAAUGUUGACAUGAUGGUUAUUGCUCGUAGAAGACCUAUGAGGUGGCAGCGUGGUAAAAUAGUCGAAAUAAUUACAAAAGACGAUGGGCGGUUGAAGUACAAAGUCAGCUUUGAAGAUAAAGGGACGUGCCUCGUGUCCGGACACCACAUUGCUUUUGACAGCAGGCCCAAGGUGGAGCAGCUGUACAUCGGCGCCCGAGUGGUGGUCCGCUGUCAAAAUAAUAAGUACCGGUUCCGACCCGGAAUACUGGCUGAGCUGCCCAGCAGGAAGAAUCAGUUCAGGUUUCUGAUGUUCAUGGAUGACCAUACACCAGUUUAUGUCGGGCUUCCUUUGUUUCACAUGGUGUGCAGACCUUUGGAAGAUGUUUUGGACGACGUUCCUGACGGAGCGCACAAAUGUUUUAUGAGACAGUACCUUAAGGACUGGCCGUACCCUCACUUAAACAAGUACAGAGCUGGACAGAGCUUUAAUGUGGAGCUUAAUGGAGUCAUGCAGAUGUGUGAGGUUGUUGUAAUCGACUGCAGCUUAAUGCAAGUUGUUUUUCAGGAAAAUCAGCGAAGGGAGUGGAUCUUCAGAGGCUCUGUGCGACUGGAACACAUUGCCAGACUGUGGGAAGAGAGGAACAAGCUAGAGUCCAAGGAUGACUCUGACUCUGAUUAAUUCAUAGAUGCAGGUAUAUGUAAAAUAGAUGUAGAAAUGAUAAAUACAAAUUCCUAAGAGGGAUGCGUCCUUUUUGUUUGUUUUGUUUUUGUAACAUUUCAGCCUAAAUCAAAUUUAUUAAAAGACUGAAAAGAGACUACCCAAACAAACCCUUCCCCUGUUCUUCAUGACGAUAAAUGAAUUUAAUUUCCCCUGCUCCCUAAUUCUACAAAUGUACUUAUAUUAAUUAAACUGAAAUGCAAGACACUCCCAUAGAUUCCAGAGUAUGUUUUUGGAGCUGAAACCAGGUACCUGGAACUUUUAAAGCAAUGUUUGAUGAUAUGAUCAUCUAUAGAUCUCAUCUGGACACUAUUCAUGGCAGCAUGAAUUUAAAAUGUAACGUAAAUAUUUCCAAAAACAGCUGAAUUUGUUCCGUGAGCGAGUGACAAGCCCUAUGGCCCUUCAGAAAGCUGAAUGGCAGUGUGCAGCAAUGUGUGGAAGCUCUGCAUUACUCUGCUUGAUGAAGUUGAAAAAUCUUUGCUAACAUUUUUUUGUUUUCAUUUUUAAACAUUAUUGUACCUUCAUGCUGGAAACCAGGCAUUGCCUACUGUUGUGAUGCAAAUCUGCCAGCUAGCUAACAAGUUUUAUUUUAUUUUUGAUUUGAUACUUAAUGUAGAAACCAGUUUCACUCAAUCUUCUCUUCAACAGCUCCUGAAAUCUUUUUUUUCCCCUGUGGUGCAACAAUAUGCAUCAUUUCAGACUGCUUUGCUUCCCGUUUACCUACUCUGUUGAUGUCAUUACACUCUGACCUUUUUCCUUGUGAUGUUUGAGUCUUAGUUUCUCCAAAAGCUGGAGGAUUUUUUUCAUGUUAACCAAUCAUUUUAUUAUCCAACUAUUAAUCAAGAGGUCUCAAUUCAAUAUAUUAAGCUUUCCUUAUUCUAGCAUUUCAAAUAUGUUUUUGAAAUAUGAAAGAUAUAUCCUUAAAUCUAUUACAAAUCAUUCUAGGUAAUCUUGUGUGGUCACAAACAGAAUUGCAGUGCUACACUAUGUUGUCAAAUGUUUUGCUCAUUUGAUUUUAAACCUUUAUGAACUUGAGUGACAUCUUAUUCUUAAUCCGUGCAGUUUAGGAUGUUGGCACCUACAAUAACUCUUCUGGGAAGUCUUUCCACAAAGAUUAAGAGCAUGUUUAUGGGAAUGUUUAACCAUUUGUGACGUCAAACACUGAUGUUGGGCAAGAAGGUCCAACUUCUAUGCUCUUAAUUCAUCCUAAAGGUGUCAAAUAAGAUGAGGCCACCUCUAAACCGUUUCCAGAAAGUUGGGGUUAUGAAAUUGUCCAAAAUGUGUUUAUAUCCUGCAGCUUUAUUAAAAACCCACACAAUUUUGCACUAGAUACAUUGCAAUCAAUACAUUGGAUUGCCACAUAAAGAGUCAUGGUUCUUCACUCAGAACAUGUCUCUGUUGAUUUAGAGUGCUAUCAUGCUUUAGACCACCACACCCAACUUGGUAACGUAAGGCUUGCAUCCAGUUGUUUGCAAUUGAAACCUGUUUUAUGAAGUUAUCUACUGUUCUUGAGCUACUCUGAAGGCCAAAUGAAGUUUGUAGUUCUGUAGAGUUUCACUAGUUGCUAUUACUACAUAAAUGGUGAGAAAAAAACAAAAAAGAUUUGAGACAUGCUUCUAAUAUCCCCCAUCAGAAUAAAAAAAUCAAACUCAUGCAUUAACUUUUAACACAGAUUAUUUUGUACAUGUUCGAUUUCCUUCAGGUUUUGUUGUAGAUUUAUUUAUUUUCUUUACUAUUUAAGAUAAAAGAACCUGGCCAAAAAAGGUAAUCACCAAUAAAAAGGUCACACACUUUAGUGUUUUGUUGGUCUGCCUUAACUUUGAUUUUUGCUCUUGCAUUGUUUCGAUACGCUACUGCAGGGUCACAAGAUUUAUUUCCAUCCAGUGUCGUAUUCAUUUUUCGCCAAUAUCUUGUACUGAUGAUGGAGAGAGUCCAACCAUUGAAAAAAGAGGGUAAAUCUGAACUCAUCAGAUUAUAUGACUUUCUUCCAGAGUCUAGUCUUUUUGCUCUAUUGCAAAUUGAAGCCUUUCUCUUCAAUUUUUCUGACUGAUUAUUGAUUUUCUUAUGGUUGUACAGCUGUUCAGUCCCAAUCCCUUGACUUUUUGCAUGGGAAAAUAUGCUUACUUUCACUAUGAGCCAUAGCCCUUAGUUACACUGUUUUUUUUCUUCUUUGGUUUGAUUUCAGUGAUGUUUAAGAGAUAACCCCCAUCAUAAUCAUUCAUGACAUUUCUUCUUAAAGACGAUGUUUCCUCACUCUCCCUCCAAUAAGUUAUUGACCCAAUUUCAGUAGUUUCUGUAAUGUUGAAACUUGAUUCAAAUGAUUUGACCCUUCUUAAAGAGACUGACAUAUUGUCCACAGCCAGAGGAUACAUCUUUCACUAUGAUAGUUCAAGAAACAAGCUGCUCAAUAAAUCAGCACUCUUAAAUGAUGUGUUGUCAGCAGAAAGAUGCAGUAAUUAGCCAACAAGGUAUUUGCUUAGUUAAAUCCAGUUGACAAACGUUUUUGGUCAGGCGGUGUUUGUAUUAGACUAUAUAUACCUCUUUGUGAAAGAUUACAGAAGCGCAAGCAACUCAAAUAUUAAUUAUCUACUCAAUCUUCCCUCUAAUUGUCCCAAAUGAACUACGAGUGUUAAUUGUUUAUGUUGUCGUAUUUUUUUUUGUGUGCGUGUCCAUUUCUGACUCUUCUUUUUAAAUAUUUUGUAAUUUUGGUUCUUGGUCAUUUUUGUUUAUUCAUCCUAAUUUUCAAAGGCUGGCAAUAAAACUAGUUUCUUACACAA